UGUAUUGCAAAAUUGCUAGUGGAUAUAAAACGGAAUAUACCAGAAAAAACACAACUAUUAAUCAACAAAGAAUAAAGACGACCGCUAAAGAAAAACCCAGCCCAAAUAAGCGAGAUAAAGAACUUCGUAGACUAAUAGGAAAUUUGGAGAUCAUCUAUCACUUGGAUACAAGUUCUUAUGAGGGAAUAAAUCUUAUGAUUUUUAAAUUGAUGAUGAUAAACUUUAAUGUUUACUUUUAA